AUGGCCAGUAAAGGAACUGAAAAGACAUUACAAAAGCUGAGAGAAUCUGUCAAUAAUGGCAACUAUUAUGAAGCACAUCAGAUGUACAGAACAGUCGCUAGAAGAUAUAAUAAGCAACAAAAAUAUAAAGACACUAUUCAUCUUCUUCACGAUGGCGCCAUUUUAUUAUUGCAACAUAAACAAAAUGGUUCUGGAUCUGAUCUAGCCAAUUACAUGCUGGACACGUACAAAUCUGCCAAUUUACCUGUAGAUGAAGCAUCAUUAGACCGUAUUGUCGAGAUAUUGAACUUGUUUCCACCAAAUGAAGCUGGCCGAAAGACAUUUAUUAGUAAUGCGAUUAGAUGGACAAAGAGUCAUGAACAGUUUCCUGACGGAGACCCCGAGUUGCAUGAUUUUGUAGGCACCAUGCUCUACCACGAGAAAAAAUAUAGUCAAGCUGAGGAGCACUUGAUUCUAGGAACAGACCAUAGUGCAGCUUUAUUAGGUACAUUGGCUUAUGAAUGGGCUACAGAAAAAAAGCAGACGAAUAAGGGCUUUUUCCUUGCAAGAAUAGUAUUACAAUAUUUGGCAUCCAAGGAUAUCCACUAUGCCAAUCUAGCCUUUACCAACUUUAUCAAGGCAGGAUCACAGCCAAAGGUAGCCGAAUCUAAAGUACGCCGUGCACCUGCAGACGAGCCUACCCCUGUGGACGUUUACAGCGAUUCCUGGAUCAACUUUACACAAUUGGUGCUGCUGACCGUACAGCGCGAUGCAUCAGAUUUAUUCCAACAGCUCAGAUUAAAUUACCAGGGCUUGUAUGGAUCAGAACCCCACUUUAUUGAACUCAUGGACGAUAUUGGACUCGUGUACUUUAAUAUUCCCAAGCCAAAGAAGCAGGCUAAUAUGAUUCAGGAAAUGAUGGCCAGUUUAUUUGGCGGUGGUGGAGGAGCACCUCAGAUUGGAAGUGCACCCAAAGUGGAUCUUGAUUAA